CGCCUGCUUUGCAGCCGUGGUGUGAGCCUGUGUGAGUGUGUGUGAAAUCUGCGCGCCAGAGGAGAGCGCCCCGCCGCGGCGCCUCGCGUCUUUCCGUCAGCGACCGCCGCGGGGAACGGACGACGUCGCCGCCGUGCCGACCCGCCAUCGCCGCGCGGUAUCGCCACCGCGAGCACGCCACUCUCCGCCACGCCGCGGAGCAGGACCAGAAGCACACCGGCACACUAGGAGCGGACCGGCGACAUGUUAACAGCACUGCAGAGGGCGGCGGCGUCGCUAUGGAAGGCGACGUGGCGCAAGAAGCACCUGGACGACGGCCCGUCGGAGCUGGCGCGGGUCCUGGGGCUGCUGGACCUGACGGCGCUGGGCGUGGGCUCCACCAUGGGCCUGGGCGUGUACGUGCUGGCGGGCACCGUGUCGCGGACCCAGGCCGGCCCCGCCGUCGUCAUCUCGUUCCUCAUCGCCGCCAUCGCCAGCGUCUUCGCGGGCCUCUGCUACGCUGAGUUCGCGGCGCGCGUGCCCAAGGCGGGCUCGGCCUACGUGUACGCCUACGUGGCCGUCGGGGAGGCGAUCGCCUUCAUCAUCGGCUGGACCCUCAUCCUGGAGUACGCCAUCGGCACGGCGAGCAUGUCGCGGGCCGUGUCGAGCUACGUGGACAAGCUGGUGGGCAACCAGAUCAGCGCCUUCCUCAACGGCACCGUGCCCAUGAACGUGCCCUACAUGGCCGAGUACGCCGACUUCUUCUCGCUCUUCAUCGUCAUCGUCAUCACGCUCCUGCUCGCCUUCGGCGUCAAGGAGUCCUCGUACGUCAACAUGGUGUUCACGUUCGUCAACCUGGCGACCGUCAUCACCGCCUUCAUCACCAGCUCGAUCUACGCCGACCCCCACAACUGGUCGCUCAGCCUCGACGAGAUCCCCGCCCAGUACCGCGACGCCGCCGGGACGGGCGGCUUCAUGCCGUUCGGCUUCAAGGGCGUCAUCCAGGGCGCAGCCACCUGCUUCUUCGGCUUCGUCGGCUUCGACUGCAUCGCCACCACCAGCGAGGAGACCAGGAACCCCCGGCGCAACAUCCCUCUCGCCAUCGUGAUCUCGCUGAUCAUCAUCUGCACCGCCUACUGCGGCGUGGCCACGUCGCUCACCCUCAUGUGGCCGUACUACAGCCAGGACUCGGACGCGCCCUUCAGCUACGCCUUCCAGGAGCUGGGCCUCCACGCCGUGCGCUGGAUCGUGACGGUGGGCGCCGUGUUCGCGCUCGCUACCAACCUCCUGGGCUGCAUGUUCCCGCUGCCGCGCAUCCUGUACUCGAUGUCGACCGACGGCAUCCUCUUCAAGUUCCUGGGCAACAUCAACCGGCGCACGCAGACGCCCGUGAUCAGCACGCUGCUGGCGGGCGCGCUGGCGGGCGUCAUGGCGCUGCUCUUCGACCUGUCGCAGCUCAUCGAGAUGCUCUCCAUCGGUACGCUGCUCGCCUACUCCAUCGUGGCCCUCUGCGUGCUCGUGCUGAGGUACACGGCGUACGUGGAGCCCGCCAAGACCGACAAGGACGGCCAGCCGGCGGCCGACCGCUUCCUCGCCGCGACCCGGGCCCUGGGCGCGCUCGUCAACUGGGAGCGGUCGUCCGUGCCCACGGCCGUGUCCACGGGCGCCGCCGGCAUCCUCGUCGCCGCCUUCGCCGCGCUGGCGCUCGCGCUCUGCGUGCUCCUGGGCGACGCGGGCGCCUCGCUGUACGGCGACCCUGGGCCCUGGGCCGGUCCGCUGCUCGCCCUGAGCGUGCCCCUGCUCGUCGUCCUCCUGCUGCUGUGCCGGCAGCCCCAGGCCAGAGUGGACCACCUGUCCUUCUCGGUGCCGUGCCUCCCGGUGAUCCCGGCGCUCAGCGUGUUCCUCAACUUCUACCUGAUGGUGGAGCUCCGCGCCGAGACGUGGGUCCGCUUCACGGUCUGGAUGUUCCUCGGUCUCGUCGUGUACUUCUCGUACAGCGUGCGGCACAGCGGGGAGCGGCCGUGCAACAGGCCGGCGCCACCGGCCGGCGCCAACGGAGCGCCCCCCACCGCCUCGCCCGCCGAGGCCAAAGCCGAGGCCGCCACCACCUACAAGCACGCCGAGGGGAUGACACACCUGUGAUAUAACUUAAAGACUUUCUUACUUAUUUAAUGCUAAGGGCUGGAGGGCGGGCGGUCGGAGCUGUCCCCCGAAACACACGUGAUACGACAAAACCGGGUGCGGCUAGUCUGCUUCCGAAUUUUGUGUGAUUUGUUUUAAAUAAACGCCCCAAAAGGUAGGGGGUCGACGA